AUGGGGUUGAAGCCGAAGGAGGAGCGAUGCAACCCGGUGAAGAAAUCGGGUCCAGUAACAAUGGAUCAUGUUCUGUUAGCAUCACAGGAGACAAAGGAAGAAAGGGAUAAGAGAAUUCAAAGCCUUUUUGAUUUUUUUGAUAAGGAGAAAUUCGGGUAUUUGGAAUUUGCACACAUUGAAGCUGGUUUAUCAGCUCUUGAGAUUCCUUCUGAGUAUAAAUAUGCUACGGAUUUGUUGAAUGCUUGCGAUGCAAACAAAGACGGGCGUGUUGAUUUUGUUGAGUUUAAGAAGUAUAUGGAUGAUAAGGAGCUUGAGCUUUACCGGAUAUUUCAGGCUAUUGAUGUUGAACAUAAUGGUAGCAUUUUACCAGAGGAGCUCUGGGAGGCACUUGUAAGAGCAGGGAUUAAAAUUGACGAUGAGGAACUUGCUCAUUUUGUCGAAACUGUUGAUAAGGAUCAUAAUGGUGUUAUAACAUUUGAGGAAUGGAGGGAUUUUCUGCUGCUUUAUCCUCACGAAGCAACUAUUGAGAAUAUUUACCAUUAUUUGGAGCGGAUAUGCAUGGUCGAUAUUGGGGAACAUGCUGUUAUUCCCGCAGGUGUUGGUAAGCACAUUCAUGCAAGUAGGUAUCUGAUUGCAGGCGGAGUAGCGGGUGCUGCAUCACGGACAGCAACUGCACCUCUGGACCGUCUAAAGGUUGUAUUGCAAGUCCAAACAACAAGUGCUCGUAUAAUGCCUGCAAUAAAAGAUCUUUGGAAAGCAGGUGGUAUAGUAGGAUUUUUUCGAGGCAAUGGCUUAAAUGUUCUUAAGGUGGCCCCUGAGAGUGCCAUUAGAUUUUAUACCUAUGAGAUGAUGAAGAGCUUCAUUGUGGAUGCUAAAGGUGGAGAGGGGAAGGCCGAUAUUGGAGGUAUGGGGCGGCUGCUGGCUGGUGGUAUAGCCGGAGGUGUAGCUCAAACUGCAAUAUAUCCUAUGGAUCUCAUUAAGACGCGACUACAAACACAUGCUUGUACAAAUGGAAAAGUUCCUAGUCUUGGAGCUCUUUCAAAAGAUAUAUUGGUUCAGGAAGGACCCCGGGCUUUUUAUAGGGGAUUGAUUCCUUCUAUUCUUGGGAUUAUCCCGUAUGCUGGGAUAGAUCUAGCUGCUUAUGAAACCUUGAAGGAGAUGUCAAAAAAGUAUAUUAUUCAGGACGGAGAACCCGGCCCUCUGGUACAACUAGGAUGUGGGACGGUAUCGGGAGCUCUUGGAGCAACAUGUGUUUACCCAUUACAGGUCGUCAGAACAAGAAUGCAGGCCCAAAGCUCUUAUAAAGGAAUGGGCGAUGUAUUCAGAAAAACUUUGAAACAUGAAGGACUUCGGGGAUUCUACAAAGGAAUAUUUCCCAACUUGCUCAAAGUUGUCCCUUCCGCAAGUAUCACUUACAUGGUUUAUGAGUCUAUGAAAAAAAGUUUGGAUUUGGAGUGA